AUGAAGAUGGAAAUGAAUGCACAAGUUUUCCACUUAACUCGUUUCCCUGCUUUUAAAAUUUUGGGAGGAAAGGCUGUGCAGCUCCUGGCCUUCUGGGAGGGGCAAGGCCGCCUGGAUCCAGCUGCCUGCGGGAGUUCUAGGCAGGAGCAUGAGAGCGAUGAUGAUUCUUAUGAAGUAUUGGAUUUAACAGAAUAUGCAAGGCGUCACCAUUGGUGGAAUCGUGUGUUUGGCCGAAAUUCUGGACCAAUUGUAGAAAAGUAUUCUGUAGCCACUCAGAUUGUAAUGGGCGGAGUGACUGGCUGGUGUGCAGGAUUUUUGUUCCAGAAAGUUGGAAAACUUGCAGCAACUGCAGUAGGUGGUGGAUUUCUUCUACUUCAGGUUGCCAGUCAUAGUGGAUAUGUGCAAGUUGACUGGAAGAGAGUUGAGAAAGAUGUAAACAAAGCAAAAAAGCAGAUAAAAAAACGUGCAAACAGGGCAGCACCUGAAAUCAGCACCCUCAUUGAAGAGGCAACAGAAUUUAUCAAACAGAAUAUAGUAGUAUCCAGUGGAUUUGUUGGAGGUUUUUUGUUAGGACUUGCAUCUUAAGAACCUGAAUUUUGUCUUCCUGCUGGCAUCAACCACAAUAAAGAACAGUAAUAGUGAUUAGUGCACUGUCUUAAAGCAAAGCAGUAUGGGUCACUGAUCGCUCCAGAGCAAGGAGAAUGGACUAGUCAGAGAAAUUGGAAGCUUUUACAUUUUAGGCUUUUGCCUUCUGAUGCUUGGUAAAACUAAGAUUUGCUGAAAACCUGCAAUGUGCUCAUCAAAGCAUAUCUAGACAAAACUGAUUAAUUUUCAUCAUGAAUUUUUUAUUCUGUGACUAUUCAGAAAAUACUAUUUUUAAAAUGUAAUUUGUGGGUAAUAGCUAGGUUACAGAAAUGUAAGGAAAAAAGCUCAAUUUUCAGUUUGAAUGUUUUCCAGUUAAAUGUUGCUUUAUCUUUAUUUUAAAGGCAUUGUCCUUCAUGCUGUAGUAAAUAAUGCCAAUGACUAACAAUGUAUAUAAUAUGUGGCUUCAGCCUCAGGGCUGAAAAUCUUCCUUAGAAAUCACUGCAAUAAUCUAUAAAUCUGUAAUAACUUUUUACAGAAAUAUUAAGUAACAAAGUAUCAUAGCAUAUUAAAGGUGAAAAUCAAACCUU